AAUAUAUAUUAAUUCUUCAUCCGGUUCAGGAGUAUCGAAUCGUAUGAACCAGGCGAAGCUGAGAGAAGUAAAUUUUUUUAUAUAUCUUGUUGAUUGCAAUUAGUUAUUUUCCUUAAGUUCCAUAAAAGAAACCAUGAUUUAUUAUUAAAAUAUCUUCAUAAAAUCGUUCAGUAUAAAAACUCUUAAAACGAUCUCUUUUUAUACUGACUAUUAAUGACCUUCUAACCGAGCGAUAUUUUGUGUUGUACAGAGUUGAAUGAUACACUGGUUAAGAAGAAAUUUUGUUAGUAUUUUAUUUCCAACCUUAACAAUUUGGGCAAUUUCUGCGGAUUUAUCAAGAGGAAAACGCUAUAAGAGUUUAAAGAAUCAAGAAGAAUCUAAAAGAGAAACGGCUUAAAAAGUAAUACUUUUACUUAAUAGUAAAAUUUUUUGCAUUGAUAUCAAUCUAUAAUAUAUAUUUAUUUAUAAUCAGAAAAUGCCUAAGGAUUUCGGAUUAAUACGCGCUAUCACCAGACCCGGACAAGCCGUCAAUUGGUGGCAUGUGGCCAUUGGAGUUGGAUUGAUAUGGGUUGGAAACAAACUAGACUACAGAGAAGAAGUUAAAGGUGAUACCUUCAGAGGAAAGUCCCAUAUGUUUGGCAAGCCUGAUGUCCGAUACGAUAGCAAAGAUUAUUAA